AUGACUCAUAAAACAUCAUACGCAUUCCAUCACAAUUUUCCAAACUUGGCGGAGGAAUCUGGUUUUACAUUUAAUACACACAAGCCACGCAUUCACAUAGAAUGGAACAAAAUAAAAAUGGUUGAUAUAGAUUCUAUAAUAAGAGAUAGAAAAUUUGGACUACUAGAACAACACAUUAAUGAUAUAUUGGGGUGUGUAUUGGAAUCUGAAUUCGAUGUUCGAAUUCUAGAUGAAGGUGUACUAAAGAUAUUUCGUUUGUCACAAUUAGCAGUCGAAUAUCAACAAUUCUGUCGAAACUAUCUGGAUCGUAGUAUUUAUGUAAUGCGAGAAGAAGUUACAAACUUACUCAAGGAAGUUGAAACAACUAGAAGAAGUUUAAAAGAAAAAGAUGAAGAAAUAAGAAAAUUAAAAAGAAAAAGCAAACAUUCUAUACGUACGCCGUUACAUUACGGCAAUGAAAAUAUAGCUACAAUGCUCUUGAAAACAUUAAAUAAUACCAAAGGAGACAUAUUUAGUUCUACUUCACACGCCGAUGUAUUACAAUACAAUAAAUGUAAUUAUUGCGAAAAAAUAUUUUUAAAUCAAUUAUACUUAAAAAGUCAUAUGUCAAGACGACAUGCAGAUAUUAUAAAUAUUCCAAAAAAUGAGGCACCUGAGAAGAUUACAGCUAAUGAAAAUACUAAUUCUAAGUUAAAUGAAGAAAUAGAAGAACUUAAAACAAAAUUAAAGCAAAUGGAAAAUUUAAUUAUAAAUACACGAAGUUCUAAUGGUCAAAUGGAAAUUACAGAAAAUAUAAUCGAAAAAGUUGAACCACAUAGCAAUCAAAAACUAACAAAAGAUAUGAAAGACGCUGAAGUAUCUACGGAUUUAAAUAUGCAAGACAAGAUUGAUACUUGGAAAAAAGAUGAGUAUGAAAAAUAUAAUCAAGAAAUAGUACUAUUACGCAAACAAAUUAUUGAUAUUAUAAGUAAUAAAGAAAAGCAAGAACAAUCUUCUAUUCAAAAUGAUUUAAAAAUAAUGGAACAACUGCAGGCAACAAUCAAACAGCAGAGUUCAGAAAUAACAUCAUUAAAAGAGGAACUUCUUAAGGGAUGUGAAAACGAAAAAGAGAAAAGAAAAGAGAUUGAGAAUCAAAUGGUCUAUUGGAUAAAACAAGCAGAAAAGCAAUCAAAUGAAUAUAAAAUAUUAUUACAAAAACUAAAUGAUGUAACAAACGAAGCGCGCGAAUAUCGUGCUCGAGCUGAUGCAGAAAAAGAAAAAUCUUCAAAGUUACAAGAUAUAUUAGACCAACAUUUAAGCAGAACCCCGAAAAAAGAAUCAAAUCAAAAGAACAAAAUAAAUGAAGAAAUAAACGAAACAAAUGAUGUGGAUAGCGCAAAAAUAGCAGAAAAGACACCUACAGCCGACUUAAUUACUCUUUCUAAGCUCCAACAAAAGGCACAGGAACUUCUUAAUAUGAAUGAUACAAGUACUUGUGAAAGUUCAAGUACAAGUGACGAAAAAAUUAAAAUGAAAAAUGUAGUCAAGAUUUCGUCGAGUGACGAUAAAUCUAAAAAUCAAACUAUGAAAAAAAAAAAUUCAAUAAAAAGUACACAAUAUUCUAAUGACAUUGAUACAAUCAGAAAAUCUAGAAAUAAAUCCGAAAAGAAACCUCACAAUAAAAUUAAUUCGACCGCGCAUACAGCUUCAAAAAAGGAAAAUAGUUACGUUCACCUUCCUAGCAGCCCCAUGAAAAUAGUGAGGGCAAAAGUAACAGAGGAAGUUAACCAACGUUUAAUAUCUCUUGGAGUGGACCCGUUAAGAAAUCGACUGCCGCAAAAUACUUUUCGAAAACAACGCAUUCUCUUACAAAAAGAACAGGAGACUAAAACAAAGAAGUUUCCAGUAAGAGAUAAAAUAUUACAUUCAAUAAUGGCUCAUUUAGAUGAAUCUACGGCCAAUAAAAAUAUUUCUCCACGAAAUGACUAUAUUUCACCCAACAAGUCGCCUAAAAUAUUCAGUCUUUCAUCAGUUUUUACUAACGUUAAGACAAAGGCUUUAUCACUUGUAAAAUCAAGUGAAUCUAUUAAUAACACUAAUAAAUCUUACAAUCAUAUUUCCAAAAAAGCUAUAGCAUUACUAAAAACACCUCCCGAAUCUGCCAAUACUAGUCCAAUAAUCAACCGUCACAGCGUUAUUUCCCCAAAUAAAACUGGAAGAAAAGUUUCAAAAACAAAAAGGAAUAAAUAUCAAUCAUCUAAAUCAUUAACACAAAAUAAAAAUUCUGAAGCUUUUGAUGUGAACAAUGUAAGUGACGACUCCAACUCUCAGUCACUGGAACAAGAGCGCACUCAUAAGCAAAAAGCAAGGGUUGUUAAUAACCUCGUGAAAUCUCCAUUACGACGCCCUACCGAUAUACCUGAAAAUCACAACGUUACAAAUCACAGGUUUUUUAUCAAUCGUGACGAUAAAUCUCAGCCCAAAUCUGAUGAUAUAUAUCAAAUCAAUGCUCAAGAAAUCAAUGUCAACAAAAAGUCAAUUAUUGAAAAUAUCGAUGAUAGUAGUGAUGCAGUAGAGUCUAUAGUCUCAUCGCCAAGAAAAUUUUAUUCCGAAGAAAACAUUAAUAAUUUCAAACAAACAAAAGGAGUUCUAAAAAAUGCGUCUUCUACAUCUUCUUUGAAUAAAAAAAAAGUCAUUUUUGAUAUGGACGCAAUACAAAUGAAAUCUCUGAGUGCGUCACCAUCACAAAGUAUUACAGAAAAAAGCGAUAAUAAAGAACAAAUCGAAUCUGGAAUCGUGAAUUUGGACACUGAAGAGUGGGAUAUAUCGAGCAUUGAAAAUGAACAUCCGACAUCAACAUUCAAGGUUCAAGUCACUUCACAUACAAGCCCCAAAAUUGCUGAACUAAAAAAAUCGAUUGAAUCGCAACUUACUCGUCGUAAUCCAACUCUUUCAACUGCUCUAGUUGGCGGAGUUGAUGUUUUAACAGCACCGGUACAAAAAAUUACAAAUUUUGGGGGCAGUAAUACUAGUCUCGGCAGUUCUAUCCUUGAUGAUACAGACAGCAUACCAAUUCAAAAUAAAACUUUUGUGAAAUCAAUACACGUUGAAAAAGAUGAUAGUGAAAUAGAAAUUUCGGAUUUAAUUAAUGAUACAGUAGAUAAUAAGACGUAUGUAAAGUCAUAUUAGUAGUAAGAUUUCAAAUGUCAGUUAAAAGUGAAAUACAAAUAAGUAAAAG